AUGAAGGGGUUUUUCUUCUCUGGCUCUCAAAGUGCUGAUGUGCAGACACGCGACGGCAGCAGCAGCAGCAGCAGCAGCAGCAGCAGCAGCGAUGAAAGUAGCAGCAGCAGCAGCAGCAGCACCAGGGCCACCAGCAGGCCCAAUGUCAGCACCGGUCUCAGCAGCAGCAGCAGCAGCAGCAGCAGCAGCAGCAGCAGCAGUGGCAGCAGCAGCAGCAAGCUUCCCCCGCGGCCUGAGGCCCCGGCCGUCCGCGUCUUUUGCAGGGUGAAGCCUUCUCUGUCAGACAGCAGCAGCAGCAGCAGCAACAGCAGCAGCAGCAGCAGCAGCAGCAGCAGCAGCAGCAGCAAUGAAGAGACAGCUGUGGAGAUUAUAGACAGCAGGCACAUCUCUGUGCGGGUCCCCGACGCCGUCCGCACCGACAGCAACAGCAGCAGCAGCAGCAGCAGCAGCAGCAGCAGCAGCAGCAGCACUGCUGUGUUUGCUGUUGAGGAAGUCUUCGGCCCCCAGACGCAGCAGCAGCAAAUCUUUGACACUGUUGCUGCUGCGCUGCUGCAGCGCUGCUGCAGCGGCAAAGAGGCCUGCGUUUUGGUGUACGGACAGAGCAGCAGCGGAAAGACUCAUACCCUCCUUGGGCCCCAGCAGCAGCAGCAGCAGCAGCAGCAGCAGCAGCAGCAGCAGCAGCAGCAGGGAUUAGAGGGAGAGGACGAAGAAGGGCCUUUCUAUGUUUCUGCGGAGGCGGGUUUGCUGCCUCGGGUCGGCGCUGCGCUGCUGCAGAUGCAGCAGCAGCAGCAACAGCAGCAGCAACAGCAGCAGCAACAGCAGCAGCAGCAGCAGCACCAGCAGCAGCAGCAGCAGCAGCAGCAGGCUGGCCUAGUGAUAGAAAGCAUUUCUUUUUCUGCCUUCGAAAUGUACAAGGAAGCCCUGACAGAUCUGCUGACUGGAGAGGGCCCCCUGCAGCUGCGGCAGCAGCAGCAGCAGCAGCAGCAGCAGCAGCAGCAGCAGCAGCAGCAGCAGCAGGGGGUGCAGGUUGUGGGGCUGAGCGAGCGGCGGAUUUGCAGUGUACGUACACUGCAGCGGGCCGUUGCAGAGGCCCUCAGGAGACGCCGCAGCAGCAGCACGCAGCUGAACAGCAGCAGCAGCAGAUCUCACCUUUUUGCUUCCUUUUCUAUAGUCCUCAGGGACCCCCAAAGCGGAGAGGAGCAGCAGGGUUUGUUUCGGCUGGUGGAUCUUGCGGGCACAGAGCGCAGCAGCGCAGCAGCAACAAAGGGACAGUUGCUGCAGGAGGGAGCAGCAAUUAACAAGUCCCUUUUUUGCUUCUGCCAGUGCAUAGAAGCAUUGGUUUCGCGGCAGCGCGCAGCAGCAGCAGCAGCAGCUGCUGCUGCUGCUGCUGCUGCUGCUGCUGCUGCUGCUGCGCCCGGCGCCGCCGACACAGCCGCUGCCGCUGCUGCUGCUGCUGCUGCUGCUGCUGCUGCUGCUGGAGCCAACUUCCGAGGCAGCAAACUGACGCGGCUGCUGCAGCCAGCCCUAAACGGAGACAAAGGAGCAGCAGCACUUUUGAUUUGUGUCUCCUCGCAGCAGCAGCACGCAAGAGACACUUGCAGCUCUUUGUCCAUUGGCUGCAAGGCCCUGUACAUACACCCCAAGAAGCAGCAGCAGCAAAGGCCCAAGCAGCAGCAGCAGCAGCAGCAGCAGCAGCAGCAGCAGCGGGAGGCCCCAGAGGUGGCCAGCAGGCGCGCUGCGCAGGAAGCUGCACCGGCAGCAGCAGCAGCUGCUGCUGCUGCUGUUGCUGCUGCUCCCGCUGCAGCAACAGCAGAAGAAACGGCGAUUCUUAAAGCAGCAGCAGCAGCCAUGCAGCCACAACAGAAACUGUGGACUGAAGCUGCAGCAGACACUGACGCAGCAGCAGCAGCAGCAGCAGCAGCAGCAGCAGCAGCAGCUCCUGCUGCUGCUGAGCGGAGCCGCUGGGGACUGUACAGUCUCUUCUUUCGCUGCAGCAAAAGACUGCAGCAGCGGCAGCAGCAGCAGCAGCAGCAGCAGCGCGAACUCAUUGAGCAGCAGCAAACCUCGCAGCUGCGCAUGCAGAGCCUCAGAACUGCUGCUCUGCUCGCCCAACAAAUGGGGGCCCUGCUGCUGCAGCAGCAGCAGCAGCAGCAGCAGCUGUCGCUGGAGCAGCAGCAGCUGCUCCAAGAAACAAGGGAAGCAAUCACUAGCCAGCUGCUUCUGCUGCUGCAGCAGCAGCAGCAGCAGCAGCAACCCAAAACUUAG